CGAUGGCCGAGGGUGCGAGACGGAGGCUGGAGGCAGGCUUGAAGCUGAGAGCGACAAAGCAAGAGGGAAGAAGCAACCUUGUAAUGAGUAUACCUCUCUACUGGUCAGCUGGCCCGGGGAGUGACAUAAGGAUUAGUGAGGACUACCGUAUUGUAUUCUCCGAGCGCCCAAUCGGUAGCUGCGUGGACUGACUCAAGCACGGAUGCCACCCGCAUUUACCUCGCCCUCCGCCUCGCACUGCGAGCUCAACGCCUUUGCCUCGGUCAUGGGAAUACCCAGCCUGCGAGCGUAUAAAAGCGACCAAAAGACACACCGGUAGCAGUAGGUCGAGGAAUCCCGACCAACAGAGCCUGAGCCUCAUUACUCUCGCUCAAAUUACAAUGGCGCCCUCGAGCACCGUUUACUUGAUCUCUGGCGCUAACCGCGGCAUCGGCUUGGAGUUCGUGAAGCAGCUGUCCGAACGCCCAACCACUGUCGUCUUCGCCGGAGCGCGCAAUCCGAAAGCUGCGUCCGACCUCCAAGCCCUGUCCGCAAAGCAUCCCGGCCGAGUCCACGUCGUCGAGCUCAAAUCCUGCGAUGAACAGGGCAACGCGCGCGUCAUCGAACAAAUUCGUCAAAAGGCAGGCCAGCUAGACGUCGUCAUUGCGAACGCUGCCAUCUGCAAUGACGUGCAGGAGUUGUUGAACGUGCGCCCAGAGUCCAUGAGGGAGCACUUCGAUACCAACGUCGUCGGUACCCUCGUCCUCUUCCAGGCCGCCUACCCCCUCAUGAGGACCUCCCCGACCCGCAAGUUCGUCGUCAUCGGUGCGAAGGGCGGCAGCAUCACCCUGGGGCCCGACUACCGCUCCGCGCUCGGGCCGUACGCGGUCUCCAAGGCCGCGGUGCAUUAUGUGGCGAAGAAGCUGCAGUACGAGAAUGAGGAUUUCGUGAUUUUCCCGAUCUGCCCCGGGAGAGUGAGCACGGAUAUGUAUCUUUCCGCGCAAAGCAACGACGCAGAGCUGGCCAAGCAUCCAGGCGCGACGCCCGCCGAGAGCGUAGCGAGCAUGUUGCGUGUCAUCGACGGCGCGACGAGGGAAAAUGCGGGUGGAAAGUUCAUGGAUGUUUCAGGAGGCGUCAACGAAUGGUAGAAGAGCUAGAAGGAGCAAAGAAAUAUUCAUGAAUCGUGAUGUAUGGUAAAGAUGGUCAAAGGGCAGCGAACACAGUAUGCAUGGUGAUGGAAGUGAAGACGAAGCCAUUGUGUGCUCUUGUUGUCAGCAUCCGAAAUGGGGAUAUAGUUUUCCGAAUGCGGCAAUUCUUGUUCUCGUCACGAGCGCUUUCGACAUGGGCGAUUCAUGCGCGGUGAAUUCCCGAAUCCUUCGACCUUGGCACUUCACAUUACUUCUUAUUGGGAGCGUGCGAGACCUACCGAUGUCCCCCUAUUGCUGCAGCUCUGCCAGCACACAGC